AUGACGCAGGGAAGCGGGUAGCAACGGUCGCUGGGCGGGGGCGGGGCCCUGCCUGAGGGGACGGGCGGCCCUCCUCGCUCGCUGCCCUGCCCGCCCGGCGCCUUCGGAGCGCGAGAGGCGGAUCAGGCCGGACUCGCAGGACUCGGGGAGCCGCCGUGGCGCCGGGCUGAGUGAGGCGGCGAGCCGGAGAAAGGCUCACGAGGAAUGUGAAGCUGUCUGCAGAAUGGAUCCGACAUCAGGUGCCAGAGUGGUCGUGGUUGGUGUGGAGGGGAUGACGUGCAAUUCUUGUGUGCAAACCAUUGAACAGCAUAUUGGGAAGAUGGAUGGAGUGCAGCACAUGAAAGUUUCAUUGGAAGACAAAAAUGCCACCAUUAUUUAUAACCCCAAGCACCAAACUCCAGAAUCACUACGAGAAGCUAUAGAUGACAUGGGGUUUGAUGCAGCUCUUGCUGAUAAAAACCCACAACUCGUUUUAUCGGACACUCUUUUCUUUACAAUCCCUGCUCAGUCAACUUUAACAUGUGAACACAUCCGUACCAACCUCCUGAAGACUAAGGGCAUCUUGGAUGUGAAAAACUCUCCUGACAAAAAAUCUCUCGUAGUAACAUUUGUGUCUUCUAUUGUAAAUGGGAAGGAGAUCAGUCGGAUGAUUCCAGGAUUAAAUUCAGAUAGCACAGCAAUGCAUGAGCAAAAUCCAGGAACGUCUGAAGAUGUGAAUGUAUCCCAAACCAGUGAUGCUGUGCUGAGGAUGAGGGUGGAGGGGAUGACCUGUCAUUCCUGCACAAGCACCAUCGAAGGGAAGAUUGGCAAGCUGCAAGGUGUCACGCGGAUCAAAGUAUCACUGGAUAAUCAGGAAGCUGUGGUGGUGUAUCAGCCUCAUCUUAUCACAUCGGAGGAAAUAAAAAACCAAAUUGUAGCGGCAGGCUUCAUGGCAUCGAUAAAGAAACAACCUAAACCCCUCACACUAGGUGCUAUUGAUGUAGACCGACUGAAGAACACGCAAACCAAAUGCUCGGAAAGAGCUUCUCAAGGAAGUCCUGAGCACGUGCUUAAUUUAAAGACUGUCGUAUUCCGGGUUGAUGGCAUGCACUGUAAUUCAUGUGUCCUCAAUAUUCAGCGUAGCAUAGCAACACUCCCCUCAGUAAAGAGCAUAGACGUUUCUUUGGCGGAAAAAUCUGCCACUGUGAAGUACAACCCCAGCCUAAUCAGCAUCGAUGCACUGAGAAGAGCCAUAGAAGCAGUAUCUCCAGAGACUUUUCAGGUCAGCCUUCUUGAUGGACAUGAAAUUGCUGAGUUCCUGAACACCCCCACAUCUCCAGUGAAAUCUCCUCUGAGAGCAGCCAACAGCUCCAGUCACCCGCUGAUGCACGUUACUGUGCUAAAUGUAGAAGGCAUGACCUGCAAUUCCUGUGUGCAGUCCAUCGAGGGAGUCAUUUCCCAAAAACCAGGUGUGAAGUCUGUCUGUGUGUCACUUCUGAAUCGCAAUGCAAUGGUAGAGUAUGACCCUGUGCUGACUUCUCCAGAGGACUUAAAAAACUCCAUUGAGGACAUGGGUUUUGACGCAUCCUUAACAGUACCACUAAGCAAAGAACCUGUGGUGCUAAUAGCUCAGCCAUCACUGGAAAAGCUGGUAGAAUCUCAGGACAAUAAACUUUCCAAAAUGGAAACUCGCUCCAAGUUAUCACCAGUCCACCAGAAGCAGGAUUCCAAUGCACCAUCCAAGUGCUACAUUCAGGUCACUGGCAUGACGUGCGCUUCCUGUGUGGCAAACAUUGAAAGGAACCUGAAGAGAGAAGAUGGCAUAUCCUCUGUACUUGUUGCCCUGAUGGCUGGGAAGGCCGAAGUGAGGUACAACCCUUCUGUCAUCCAGCCGGCAGAUGUAGCAGAAUUGAUUCGGGAACUGGGCUUUGGUGCAACCGUUCUGGAGAACUAUGAUGAAGGAGACGGUGUCCUGGAACUUGUUGUGAGAGGAAUGACCUGUGCCUCCUGUGUUCACAAAAUAGAAUCCACACUGAUGAAAACCAAAGGGGUCCUGUACAGCUCCGUUGCUCUCGCAACCAACAAAGCGCACGUUAAGUAUGAUCCGGAGAUCGUUGGCCCUCGAGAUAUUAUACGGACUAUAGAGAACUUAGGCUUUAAUGCUGCAUUAGUGAAAAAGGACAGGUCUGCCAGUCACUUAGAUCACAAACAGGAAAUAAGGCAGUGGAGACGUUCCUUCCUUGUGAGCCUCGUUUUCUGCAUUCCUGUCAUGGGGCUAAUGAUUUACAUGAUGGUUAUGGACAGCCACAUGUCAGCCAUGCACAAGGGAAGAAACAUGACCGACGAAGAGAUGGAAGCUUAUCAUUUGUCUAUGUUUCUGGAGCGUCAGAUCCUGCCUGGGCUGUCUAUUAUGAAUCUGCUCUCCUUUCUACUGUGUGUUCCUGUCCAGUUAUUUGGAGGUUGGCAUUUCUACAUCCAAGCCUACAAAGCGCUGAAACACAAGACUGCCAACAUGGACGUGCUGAUUGUUUUGGCAACCACCAUUGCGUUUGUCUACUCCUUUGUUAUUCUCCUGGUUGCAAUGGCUGAGCGGGCCAAGGUCAAUCCUGUGACCUUCUUUGACACACCGCCGAUGCUCUUUGUGUUCAUUGCGUUGGGACGAUGGUUGGAGCACAUAGCCAAGGGGAAAACAUCUGAAGCUCUUGCGAAACUCAUUUCACUGCAAGCAACAGAAGCAACCCUUGUCAUUUUAGGCCCAGACAACAUCCUCUUGAGCGAAGAGCAGGUUGAUGUUGAACUGGUUCAGCGGGGUGACAUCAUCAAAGUGGUCCCAGGAGGCAAAUUUCCAGUGGAUGGUCGUGUUAUUGAAGGACAUUCUAUGGUGGACGAAUCACUCAUCACAGGUGAAGCAAUGCCAGUGACGAAAAAGCCUGGCAGUACAGUCAUUGCAGGUUCUAUCAAUCAGAAUGGAUCACUGCUGAUCUCUGCAACCCAUGUCGGAAACGACACGACUCUUUCCCAGAUCGUUAAACUUGUGGAAGAAGCGCAAACCUCAAAGGCUCCAAUUCAGCAGUUUGCAGACAAACUGAGUGGCUACUUUGUUCCUUUUAUUGUCGGUGUAUCUGUGAUUACACUUUUUGCCUGGAUAGUGAUUGGAUUUGUCAAUUUUGAAAUUGUGGAGACAUAUUUUCUUGGAUACAACAAGAGCAUUUCCAAUGCCGAAGUGAUAAUCCGCUUUGCUUUCCAAGCCUCCAUUACAGUGCUGUGUAUUGCCUGCCCUUGUUCAUUGGGCUUAGCAACCCCCACAGCAGUGAUGGUGGGCACUGGUGUGGGAGCACAAAAUGGCAUCUUGAUCAAAGGUGGAGAACCCCUGGAGAUGGCACACAAGGUUAAAGUGGUGGUAUUUGAUAAAACAGGGACCAUCACCCACGGGACUCCCGUGGUGAUGCAGGUGAAGUUGCUAGUGGAGAGUAACCGGAUGCCCCGCAAUAAGAUCUUGGCCUUGGUGGGAACCGCAGAAGGCAACAGUGAGCACCCUCUGGGAACAGCCAUAACAAAAUACUGCAAGCAGGAACUGGAUGCAGAGACCCUGGGAACUUGUACUGACUUUCAGGUGGUCCCUGGCUGUGGCAUUAGGUGUAAAGUCACCAAUAUUGACGCUCUGCUGUUCAGCAGGAGUGAGACAAUUGAAGAAAACAAUGUCAGGAAUGCAGCCCUUGUGAACAUUGAUGAGAAGCUCGAGGAAUCAAUACAGCCUGCUUUGAUUAUUGAUGAGCAGUUGCCAACCACGUGGGCUUCUCACAAAUAUUCUGUCCUCAUUGGAAACCGAGAGUGGAUGACGAGAAAUGGCCUCCUGAUCAGAAGUGAUGUUGAUAAUGCCAUGAUCGAGCAUGAACGUCGCGGUCGCACUGCCGUGCUUGUGGCUGUGGACGGAGAACUAUGUGGCUUGAUAGCUAUUGCGGAUACUGUGAAACCAGAAGCAGAGCUGGCAGUCCGCACCUUGAAGGCGAUGGGUCUAGAAGUUGUGUUGAUGACUGGGGAUAACAGCAAAACAGCCAGGUCCAUUGCCUCUCAGGUUGGCAUCACGAAGGUGUUUGCUGAAGUGCUUCCCUCCCACAAGGUUGCCAAAGUGAAACAACUGCAGGAGGAAGGGAAGCGGGUUGCCAUGGUGGGGGACGGGAUCAAUGAUUCCCCAGCUCUUGCCAUGGCUAACGUUGGCAUUGCCAUUGGCACAGGUACAGAUGUGGCCAUUGAGGCAGCAGAUGUGGUUUUAAUUAGGAAUGAUUUGCUGGAUGUGGUGGCAAGUAUAGAUUUAUCGAGGAAGACUGUUCAAAGGAUACGGAUCAACUUUGUCUUUGCCCUCAUCUACAAUCUUGUGGGAGUUCCUGUAGCUGCCGGUGUCUUCCUUCCGAUUGGUUUGGUUCUGCAGCCUUGGAUGGGCUCUGCAGCAAUGGCAGCCUCUUCUGUUUCUGUCGUGUUGUCUUCUCUGCUGCUGAAAUUGUAUGAUCUGAGCGGUGUGCUGGUCAGUCGAUGCAUGAGUGAGACUGCUGGACUGCUCAGGAGCGACAAAGAUGUGCCUUCUCCAGCCCUCGACGAUUGUUUUCCCCGUGAUCUGACAUGGUUCCAAUGGGUGGUGAAUGGGUUUCUGUUGAAAUGGAUGCAGAGCUGUGGGGUGGCCAGAGUGUAGCUGUUUUUUGUUUUUUGUACCGCAAUGAGAAUAUAAUUAGUAGCAUUAUUAGGAUUACGCUAAACCAAAGCACUGGAUCUAGAUUUUUCAGCACUAGUGGAUGUUUAAGACUGAGCCCUCCACAUGUUCUAGGGCUCUUCUUAGUUCUUUUAAAAUGAAACUGCUCCCUGAGAAGAGAAAAUACUACUUAGCCAAUCAUAUUGCCUACAACAAAUCUGCAGGUCAGGAGAUGCUAGAUUUUUGACCCUUUGCUGUUUUAAUAGUGGUUGAAAUAAAGUACUUUGGAGUCCCUGAUUCUGAUGGUGGAAGCAUUUAUCUUUUGUUUACAGCAGUGAUUCUCAAACUUGGGUCCUCAGGUGUUAUUGGACUUCAACUCCCAUAAUCCCCAACCAAAGGCCACUGAGGCUGGGGGUUAUGGGAGUUGAAGUCCAAUACCACCUGAGGACCCAAGUUUGAGAAUCCCUAGUUUACAGUAUUUAAAGUCGGAGAGAAUUUCUAGCAGGACCAAAGUUCAGGAAAUUCUUGGGCUAUUUCUUUAAAAACCACAGAUGAGAAGUAAUGCACAAAUCCUAGGCAGGAUCUUAGAAGUUAAGCGUUUUAUGUCCUGUUGAUUUCCAUUGUGGGAGCAUUGAAAUUGGUGGGACUUUGGACAGAACAUAGUUGUUUAGUUGCAAACUUGGGAUUGUCAACUCCAUCUUUAGAUAGUGUCUGAGCUGGGGACAUCUGCAGAUAAGAAGCAGCAGAUGCAGUGUGUAUGCUUAGUUUAGUCUUUCUCAGACUUUCUAAGGUUGUAAUUCUAAACAUGCUUACUAGGGAGUGAGCCCCAUUGAACACAGUGAGACUUACUUCUGAGUAAACAUGCAUAGGAUUGUGAUGUGUAUCCUCUUCUAAACAUAUGCUUCCUUCUGGGCUCCCUCCUUUCUGUCCUCAUUUUGGAGAACUAAGCAACCAGUUAUUUAUUAUUAUUAUUAUUAUUUAUUCAAUUUCUAUACCACCCUUCCAAAAAUGGCUUAGGCGAUUUACACAGAGAUAUAAAUAAAUAAGAUGGAUCCACGUCCCCAAAGGGCUCACAAUAUAAAAAGAAACACAAGAAAGACUCCAGCAACAGUCACUGGAAGGACUGUUCCAUGUGCUUAGUUGAAGGUGGUUUGUGGAGGUCAGGUCUAUCAAUGGCUACUAGUCUGGUGGCUAUAGGCCACCUCCAGCCUCAAAAUACCAGAUUUAGAGGAGCAACAGUAAGAGAGAGGGCAUGUCUUCCCCUCUUGCCUGUGGUCUUCUCAGAAGCACCUGUACACUGUGUGAGACGAUGCUGGACUAGAUGGGCCUUGGGCCUGAUCCAGCAGGGUUGUUCUUAUGUGUUGAGGUUGAAAAAAUUUGGUGAAAAUAGCCACCUGUUCUUCCUAAAAGUUCCCUGUUUGUGAAUUAUUUUGAUAAAAGCCAGCAUCUGAUCUAGUUACAGAACACAAGCUGUCACAUACUGUAUUCUUUUGUGAGGGGUGCCUCCUUUUAAUCAGAUGAAUGAAGAAAUGUAGCUCGAAACCCGAAGGAUUACAUGGUGUAUUAAAGUUUGAAAUUGAUCAUAAAUCAUAUACUCAAAGCAGACAAUCUCUUGAAUACAGCCUCCCUCCAGUUCUAUGUCUGCAUGACAUGAUUUGCAAAACUUUUGAGGUUUGCUUCUUGAUACUUUGUGAAUAAUAUUUUGUACUCCGCUUUAAUUCGAAGAACCAAAUGACUUUCCUGCCUUGAUUGUACAGUGCUCAUGUAUAGUAUAAACGUCCUCUGCCUGUAAAUAAGUUUGUUUCUUGGACUGAGUACACUUCAUAAUCAAGAGUUUUAAGUUAUCAUGUGUGUAAAAACAGUCCCAAAAUCUGACUGAACAACAAGCUAUGCAUUACAUUAAUUUUAUUUAUUUUUGUUGUUUUCCACUGUUAGAUACAUGUAAGAUUUCUGCUUUCUGGUUUCUUUAAAUUACUGGACAAAAUUACAUAGAGACGUGCAUGGAAAUCAUCAUGGCUUUGUAUUCCUCCUCUUCCGUAUAUAUCUCACAUCCCCUCACCUUUACUGCAUUUGGCAGACUGGCCAGUGAAUGUUGGGGAUGUGCAAACAGGUUCGGAACCGUACUGGUUCAAAGUCAAACUGGUUCAAUUUGGAAGCUUGGGGUUGAGCCGAACCAACCCCGGUUCGUCUCGACCCGCCGCCACCGGUCUGGGGGUGUUGUGAUUAGUGGUCGAAAUCUUAACAAACAAUUUUUUUUACUUAUCCCCUCCAGGUCCAGUUCAGACUUGAACCUGACUGGACCGGCCGGUUCCAUACACAGCCCUAGUGAAUGUAACACUGAUUCAGCAGUCUUGAUUUGUCUCAGCUCCCAUGAUUCAGUCAGGCUGUCCCUCUUUUUUCAUUUUGGGAUUGCCAUAUGUACAUUUGUUCCAUUAAAUGUACAUUCAUCCCCUUUUUUAAAAACUCCCACAAACUAAUGUUUUUUAAGAAAAACAUUUAAAAAGUGCUUCAGGGAGGUGGUGGAGUCGUGAUAUUUCUUGUUCCCUGCUAUCGUGUACAGCCAGUAUAAAUCUACUGUUUAAAUACAGUAGACUUGUACUGCAUAAAUACAGAUUCCAUAAAUUUGAACUAAGGGAAGAGAUUGCCCAUUUAAACAAAAUAUAGUGAAUGUACCUGCUAAAAUAAUCUGUAAUACAUCCACAAUAGGACCAUUAAUCUAAGUUUACAUUGGAUAUUCCUGUUGCCUUUUAAAUAAAAUAUAUGCAUGUAUUAAAUUUUGGGAGGAAGAUUAUGCUGCAGUUCUGCAGCUACCUCCACAGCUUAGGCCUUUCUGAAGACUUUGUCACUGCAGGCCGCUUUACGUGGUAUAUGGCAGCAAACCUGUUUGCAUUUGCACAACCCCAACUUCUUGGCAAGUGAAUCUGUAAGAUGUUCUCUGCAUGCACUCAUGACAGUCUUUUCAGGUACCUGUUUUGUGUAAACCCAUAAAAUAGAUUUGUAAAUAGUCACUUUUGGGUUUACCUGUAACAAGUAAGAAUUGCCUAACCCAGUCCCUGCUGGGAAACUGGUGGUUCUGUUAUUAUUAUUAUUUUAUUAUUUUUAUUAUUUUUACGUUUUAUAUCCUGCUCUUCCUCCAAGGAGCCCAAAGCAGUGUACUAUAUACUUGAGUUUCUCUUCACAACAACCCUGUGAAGGAGGUUAGGCUGAGAAAGGAAACUAGAAAUGUAUUUUAUCACCAUGAACCUCUAUCAAUGUCUGAUUUUGUUCAGUCCCAAAAGCAGAAGUCCCUGUCAUAUAUAGAUAGAUAGAUAGUUUUUUUGUUUUAAUUUUCAGGAAACACUUUGAAGUUAUAAAAAAAAGAAAUGUAAACACUGUGCAAUAUUAGUUUAUAAAGCAUAAUAUUUUACAUAUUGUAACUGGAUAUGCCAGAGUUGUAAUCCUGUCAAGAAUGUGCCUUCAGCUCCAUAAAUCAUGUGAUAUUUAAGAAA